AUGCGCUUUGCGCCAUGCUCGCUGGCUAUCUUCGCGCUCUUCAUAAUCAGCAAGUCUGGCGGUCUCAUAUACAACCGCGAAUUCCAUGCCGGCUUGCAGAAGCUCAGCAGCAACGACCUCCUCAUGCUUGCGGGCUCGUUCCACGGCAUGCACGCAAUCACAAAGCAGCUCUGUCCAAACCCACCCGUACCCCCGGCCCCUUCCUCCGCGCCCGCCGCGAAUCUCGCCCCUCCCCUUUAUCCAUCGCGCAACCGGCAUCGAAGUCCUCGAGACCUCACAAUUCCGCAUGCAAUGCUUUCAGACUCUCACCGGAAUCAAGUUUCUCCUGUUCACUGA